UCGAAUUUUAAAUUUGUUCGAAAUCGUAGAACAUCAUAGAACAUCGUAGAACUUGUAAGAAUUUCAGGAAAGAAUCACAACAUCUUUAUUAUAAUAAUAAUCUGUGACAUGUCAAUGGAUCAGGCGCAGGUGCGUAGACCUGGAGACAAGAGAAGACCCGAGCCUCCUAGUAUGCAGCAGCAGCAGCCAGGACCAGAAUCAAUUCAAGCAGCUAGAUCAGUUCCUGGUGGUAGUGGUAGAGCCAUUCGACGUGGAGGAGUUAGGUCUGAACAAAGACCCGGAGAUGUGGAGGCAUUAACAAGAGCUGUUGCUUCAGCACAAAUAAGUGGCGAGAGUGCCGGGAGAGGUGCAAGACGUGGAAGACAAGAAAUAUGUGAGCCGGUUACACGGCCAGAACAUGUUUCAGACAAGAGAGGUAAAAGUGGAAGUAAAAUUGAAGUGUACUCAAAUUACUUCAAGGUUCUUUCACGCCCCAAUUGGCGAAUAUACCAGUAUCAUGUAGAUUUUGCUCCCACAGUCGAAUCCAGUAGGAUGCGACGUGGACUCCUCCAUGAUCACAAAGACCUUUUUGGUCCCUGUUACUUAUUUGACGGGAUGUCUGAUAUUACUCAGAAAAUUAUUUUAUAUACUGAUAUAACAGAAGUGUAUUCAAAAAGGAGAACAGAUGAUGAAAACAUUCAAAUUACUAUAAAGAGAGUUGCAGAAUUGGCCCCAAAUCACCCUGAAGUGAAUAGACUUUUUAAUACACAAAUGAGAAGUUGCAGUAGAGUUAUUAAUGAUGUGAGACCUAACACAUAUAUAAGUGCAAUGCGCUCAAUAUAUACUCGUAAUCCAGAACUCCAGAUAAUUGUUGCUUUAGUACCAAAUAAUAGUAAAGACAGAUAUGAUGCUAUUAAGAAAUUAGGUUGUGUAGAUCUUGGAGUUCCUACACAAGUAAUUGUUGCAAGAACUUUAUCAAAAAAACAGAUGUUGAUGUCUGUUGCAACAAAAAUAGGAAUACAGCUUAAUUGUAAAUUAGGAGGAGAAGCUUGGGCAGUUGCCAUACCGUUGUCUGCUCCACUGAUGGUGAUUGGAUUUGAUACAUACCAUGACUCUAGUCGCAAGGGUCAUUCUGUUGGUGGAUUUGUAGCCAGUUUGAAUAAAUCUUUGACUAAAUGGUAUUCCCAGGUUUCUUUUCAUCAGACUGGAGGUUGGCAAGAGUUGUCCGAUACUAUGAGUGUUCAUAUGACAAGAGCUCUGCAACAUUUCCACAAAUGCAAUAGAACAUUGCCACAAAUUAUACUGUUCUACAGAGAUGGUUUUUCAGAUGGUCAAAUAAGAUAUGUUCUGGAUCAUGAAUUGCAGCAGAUACAAAGUGUAUUGUCUAAAACUUACAGUUCGCAAGUGCGUUUUGCCUUUGUCAUCGUAAACAAGCGCAUUUCAACCCGCUUCUUCAAAACACACAACAAUAGCUUUGCAAAUCCUCCUCCUGGAACAGUUGUUGAUUCUGAAGUAACACGACCAGGAAGAUACGAUUUCUUCUUGGUAUCACAUGUUCGACAAGGGACGGUCUCUCCAACACAAUAUAACGUCAUAUUUGACACUAGCGGUUUGUCUCCCGAACACAUUCAAAGACUGACCUAUAAACUAACUCAUUUGUAUUUCAAUUGGCCAGGAACAAUCAGAGUUCCGGCUCCUUGCCGAUACGCGCAUAAGCUGGCCUUCCUUUCGGGGCAGUCGCUUCAUAAGGAUCACGCCGAACAGUUGGCAGAUACAUUGUUUUACUUGUGAACAUUUUUUAUCUGUUUUAACACAAUCCUAUGCUUAUAUGCCUAUAUAUGACUUAUAUGUUUAACUUAAGCAAAGAUAAAGAUAAUAACAUUCUUUACAUCUUUUUGCAAAUACUAUUUUUUUAUAAUCAAGACAUUUCAUUCCGUAAAUCCAUAUAAAAGAUUUGAAAACAAAAGCAUGUUACCUGCUUUGAUUUUUGCUUCAGUGUUUUCAUUUUUGUUUUUACUGUGGCUUAUAGAUUUCAAGUAGAAUAAAUCACAUCUAUUUGUACAUUUGAAGUUUUGUACUUGUAAUUCUGUGCCAAGAAUUGUAUUUCAUUUACGAAAUACAAUUUUUAUCCUGUAAUAAAUAAUAACGUGUUAUAUU